AUGGUGCACGCUAUUUCAUCUAUGAAUGAGUUUAAAAACAAAAUUUCAUCGGAACAGUUAACAGUUGUUGAUUUUUUUGCAACUUGGUGUGGUCCAUGCAAAGCAAUUGCUCCUAAAUUUCAGGAAUUUUCUGAAAAAUAUCAAAAUGUUGCUUUCCUCAAAGUAGAUGUAGAUGAACAUAAUGAUAUUGCUUCUGAGUACUGUGUGACUGCAAUGCCAACAUUUAUGUUUUUCAAAUCAGGCAAUAAAUUAUGCGAAGUUGUUGGUGCAUCUAGCAAAAAACUAGAAGAAACUAUUAUUGCUUGUUUAUAA